UGUAGAUCGGAGCUUUUGAAAAAUAAGUCCUCUUCAAUGAACAUAAUAAAUAAAAAAAAAGAGUAUACAGCUGCUUUCUUUAUCGAAAAAUAAAAACAAUAGGAGUUGAAAGUUUGUACAGAUAGUUUCCUAAAAAUUGAACACUUUAGUUGCUAAAAUGUAUAUUAGGAAAGUUAGUCACGGGUGUUUUCUGUCGGUGUUUCAAGUUUCAGAAUUUUUUGCAAUACAUUAGUUUUUAAAGAGACAAUUUCUGAAUACAGCAAGACGCAUAUCAGAUCAUGGAGUCGAGUAAUAUAAUUGAUAAAUUGGAAGACUCGCAGAAUCUAGUAAAAAAUGGGGUGGAACUAAGCUACUCAGAGGGAAUAAGCUGCAACAGCGAAAUGGAACAACCUGAAUGUACUGAGAUAAUCGAGUCCGAAAGUUAUAAGUGCGAAGUAUGUAACAAACAAUUUCUCACCAAACGACAGUUUGUUAAUCAUCGGCGGAUACACAGCAGCGAGAGACGCCACAAAUGUUCAUUUUGUGGUAAAUUGUUUAUGCAUAAUAGCAUUCUAGUAAUUCACGAACGCAUUCACACUGGAGAGAAACCUUACACCUGUGUUAUUUGUGGCAAACAAUUUUGUCGUCCAAAUGUUCUCGAAGAUCACAUGCGUAUUCAUACCGGCGAAGAAUCAUGCAAAUGUCAUAUCUGUGAUAAAGGAUUUAUACAUGUUUCCAGUCUUAAAUAUCAUAUGCAAAUUCAUAAGAAUGAAACACACCAGUGUGACAUUUGUGGUAGGAAUUAUAUCCAUACAGCAUCAUUAAAAAUGCAUAUGAAAACCCACACGGAUGCUCCCUCGUUCAAGUGCAACGUCUGUGGAAGAAAAUGUAUAAGUCAGUCUAAGCUGCAAGAUCACAUGCGUACUCACACCGGUGAGAAACCAUUCAAGUGUGAAAUUUGCGGCAAAGAAUAUUCUCAACAGAGCACUUUGGUAUGUCAUAUUCGAACUCACACCACCGAAAAACCAUACAAAUGCGAGGUAUGUGGCAAACAAUUCAACUAUAGCCAUUGCCUUACAAGGCAUGCUGAGAUCCAUCUUAUCUCUCAAGAACACAAAUGUGAUGUAUGUGGUAAGGUGUUCCGUCUCAGUAGACAUUUAACAAAGCACAGCCGUACGCACUCCGAGCAUAGACCGUAUGCCUGCAGGUUUUGCGGCAAAGGGUGCUCCGAAAAAUAUGUGCUUGACAUACAUGAACGUGUACACACCGGCGAACGGCCUUUCGAAUGUGACCUUUGCGGUAAAAAGUUUGUCAGCGGCAAUACCUUGACCCAGCAUAAGCGCCUGCAUAGCAAACGGAAAGAUAUGCUCACCAAAACUGUUUUGCUUUGGACGCAUCGUAUUGCAAGCCAUUCGAUCAAAAUGACAUCCGAACUACUGAUGUCGGAGUGCUGUCGGUGCUGUUUAUCCAAAGACCGUGAAAUGUUCUAUAUAUUUGAUACUCGGAACGAAAUCGGAUGCACAAUAAGUGAGUUGAUCGUUGAAUAUGGUGGCAUUUCGAUUACCGACAAUGACUUUUCAAAGAACAUUUGUGGACAGUGCCUGGACGACGUUACUAGAGUUGUGCGGUUCCGGGAACGCUGUGCUAAAACCGAGCAUACAUUGAUAAAUGAAAGGAAUCGACUAGCGAUUGAAUCUAGGAUAAGAAUGUUAGAUGAUGAAAUAUCAGCAUCUGGUAAAGAAACGGAAAAUAACGCAGAACUGAUUAUAGAUGUUAGUUUGAAAACCAUCAAUAACAAUUCCAUAACUACAACUUCCAAUGAUUGCAAAAAACAAAACAAAUGUGAGAUCACUGGACAAUGUGAUGUGCCGAUCGAUAUAGAGAAAGAAGUUGAAAUCGAUAGUGAUCAAUUAACUAACAAAUCCGAUGAACCAUUAGUCGGUGCCAAAUAUCGCAGACAGUGUGACUUCUGUGGCAAAGGGUUCAAUGCCAAUACAGAUUUGGCACGGCACCGAAGAAUACACACCGGAGAACGACCACACAAAUGCAACAUAUGCGGAAAAUCUUUCAUUGCAUGCAAUCAGCUAGCCCGACACAUACGCAUCCAUACCGGUGAGCGACCACACGAGUGCGACGUCUGUGGCAAAGGUUUCAUCAGUGGGGGUGAUUUAACCAAGCAUAAGCGCACCCAUUCUGGUGCUAAGCCGUACUGCUGCGAUAUCUGCGGCCGCCUGUUCAACCAACGGAACCAUCUACUGUGCCACCGGAACAUUCAUACCGGUGAACGACCGUAUACCUGUGAAAUUUGCGGUGAAGGAUUCACAGAGAACAGACGUCUGACGGUACAUAAGUUCACGCACUCAUCCGCGCGACCUCACGAAUGUGACAUUUGUGGCAAGCGAUUUGUGGACCCAAACCGUGUCAAACGACACAUGCGCGUCCAUAACGUUGAAUAAUUGGAAGACUGAGGAUUGUGUUUUUAUUUCAUUUGAAUGUUUAAAAUUUGUUAUAGCGAACAAAGGUUAUUUUAAUUUUAGAAGUUCAAAAUGUUGUGCCUUAAAUUCGGAUUUUAGGAAAACUUACGUCAUAUACACAUUGUAUCAAAAACAAGCACAGCGAUCCAAAAUUUAUUUCAUAGAAAGUAUAUAUGAUUAUAUCAUGUAUUUUAUAGUUUUUAGAAAACAUAUAAAAAAAAAUCCCUUCCGAAUCCACCUAGUGGUGUGAUAAUGCCUUUCUCUUCUUUCAUAACAGUCUCAUGAAAAUAUAUUUCAUACUUUUAUUAAAUAAUUUCGGAUACUAAUUUUGACACCGAUUGAUUCAGAUUGAUUCGAGUAGUUCACAAAAGCAUGCUUCAGUGUUUAUGUCACACAGUCAGCAUCAUUUUUCCAAACUAGUGCUUGACAUUUGCGUUGCCUAUUUGUAUGAGAACAGUGAUGCUAAUCUAAAAACCCCUUCUCAGUCCACUUAGUGGAAUUUUCAUAUAUCUUGAAAAAUCACCAUAGGGGGGAGUACAUGAAAUUUUCGAAAUCGAAAAAAAAAUUUUGAUGCCAAAAGGCUUAGAAUUG